UUUUAUUCUGCACAUCUUGAUGUUGCUAUUGUAAAAUGGUCUUGUCAUAUAUUCCUUGGCAGUGUGAUCAGUGAAGAUGUUUUAUUGAAGAUACUUAAUCUACCGUUACUUGUUGUACUGGAUGAAGCAUACAUUGAAUUUUCUGGACUUGAUUCCAAAAUGGGAUGGGUGAAGAAGCAUGAGAAUCUUAUUGUUCUUCGGACGUUUAGUAAGAGAGCAGGCCUAGCUGGACUACGAGUGGGCUAUGGAGCAUUUCCUUUGAGCAUUAUCGAGUACCUCUGGAGGGCAAAACAGCCAUAUAAUGUGUCUGUUGCUGCUGAAGUUUCUGCUUGUGCAGCAUUGGAGAAUCCCACAUAUUUGGAGGAAGUUAAAGUUGCUCUAGUACAAGAAAGAGAGAGGCUUUAUAAGCUUUUGAAAGAAGUGCCAUUUCUAAAUCCAUACCCAAGCUAUUCAAAUUUUAUUCUUUGCGAGGUUACUGCUGGAAGGGAUGCUAAGAAGCUAAAGGAAGACCUUGCGGAAAUGGGUGUGAUGAUACGUCACUACAGCAACAAAGAACUGAAGUGUUAUGUUCGUGUUUCCGUUGGUAAACCAGACCAAACUGACACUUUGAUGGAUUGCCUCACUCUUCUAUCUUGACAGGAAGCACAAAGAUUGAUUGAUGUCUGUUUUCUGUUUUCGAAAACUGUCAAAUAGAUGAUUUGUUGUGUACUAUAAUCCUAUUCAGACGUCACCAUCUUUAUGCAUCUUGUGAAAAUGAAGUGCUGUAACUUGAAAUUUUCAGCAAACAAUUCUUCAUCCUCUUGAGAAGGUUUUCUUGAUGAGUGGAGUCAAAUCUGUUAUCCAAUGUUGGAGGGAUCAAAGUCUUGAGUUUUGGUCAUUUUGCAAUUCUGAAACCCACAAGGGGAUUUUUAUGUACGAGGGUGCAGUUUGUAU